AUGGCCAAGAACGACACCCCGUCGCGUGAGGCCAUCUCGGUGCCGACCCGGGUCGUCGUCUCCCUCAUGCGCCUGGCACACGGCAUGCCCUACUGUGAGAUCUGCGAGCACUUCAACAUGGGGCGCCCAGGUGCAAGGCUGUCGCCGCAGCGGGGCCCGGCGGAGAAGAAGGAGGAGCAGCGGCUGCGGCGUGUCAUCGCCAACCGGGAAUCCGCCUGUAAAACCAGCCUCCGCCGCAAGGCGCUGCAUGCAGACCUGGAAAAGAAGGUCGCGGAGCUGAAGACCGAGAACGAGAACCUCAAGAAGGAGAAAUAUUUGUGGACGGAGAAGUACCAGACGCUCCUCGAGAAAUAA